UAGAAAUUAGUAAAUUGCAUUGCAUAGAAAACCAUAGUUUACCAAAUUUUUUAAUAGUUUUUUGCAUAUGAAGCAAGGAGUCAUAGAAGAAAAAUAUAAAAUUAAAUAUAAAACAUUUCCAUUUUAAAUAUGCGCUAUGAAAAGCACGCGUCAACCGCGCUGUCGUGGUGAAUCAUGAAACUAUAAAAAAUAUGAUACCAGUCCUAACCUUAGUUUAUCCUCGUGCGUCGUGUUUUGUUUAGCAAAUGUUCAAAAAUGAAAAGCAAUCAACGUGAGUUUGCCAACGAUGGCGAUUACAACGAAUUCUAUGAAAAACCGAAAUGGUUUGAACAGAUCUCUGAAGAUCCCAAAAAGUUUGAAAAGGUAUCUGACCAAGUGCUUAUUGAACUCAAGGAGGAAGCCAAGAAGAUCUUGGAUUCAGAAAUUGCCAAUUAUAAUAUAAAAAAUUCCAAGAUUAACACUGACUACAGAUGGAUGAAAACUGUGAUGUCAAAAGGCACAGUCUCAGACAAAAUUGCUGCCUACACAAUCCUCAUACAGGAUAGUCCUGUGUUCAAUUUAGAAACAAUCAGGAAUGCAAUAGGCAUGGUAAAAGUAGGCAAAAAGAAAGAAUGUGUUGCUGUUAUUGAAACAUUGUCUGAAUUGUUCCUGUCUGAUUUACUACGACCAAAUGAAAAACUGCGCUCGUUUUACGAUCGUCCAUUAUCCCAGCUAAGCGAACUUUCAUCCGGAAACGCCAUCACACGUCGCAAAUACCUCUAUCAUUGGUACUUUGAGGAUCAACUUAAAGAAGCCUACAAUACCUUUGUACAAGCCCUAAAUGCCGCAAGUCACGACACCGUCGACAGCAACAAGGAGAAAGCCGUUGCGGCAAUGAGUAAUUUACUCUCGGGAAAUCCAGAACAGGAAAAGAAUUUAUUAUCACAUGUGGUGAAUAAGCUCGGUGAUCCCUCACAGAAAGUAGCGUCCAAAGCAAUGUAUUGCUUGACACAAGUUCUCAAGAAACAUGCAAACAUGCAGGGAGUGGUUCUGAGAGAAAUCGAAAAGUUGUUAUUCCGCGCAAAUAUCGGUCACAAAGCACAAUACUAUAGCUUGUGUUUUAUAUCACAGUUUUAUUUAUGCGCCGAGAAUCCCGAGGUUGCGCGUAAACUGAUAGAAGUAUAUUUUUCUUUCUUUAAGAAGUGCAUCAAAGAAGGUGAUGUUGAUAGUAGAAUGAUGUCUGUGUUACUUAUUGGCGUAAAUCGUGCAUAUCCUUACGCUAAAUUAGAGUUAGGGACGAUUUCUGAGCAUAUUGACACAAUGUAUCGGGUUGUGCACGUAGCUAACUUCAAUGUUGCGCUAAAUGCGCUUAGUCUACUCUUCCAAGUAUCACAAUGUGCGGAUAGUGUGAAUGAUCGCUUCUAUUCCGCGUUGUAUCGCAAAUUAUUAGAUUCCAAGUUACCGUCGUGCACUAACCAAGCGGUUUUGUUAAAUUUGGUGUAUAAAGCAAUGACGCGAGAUGAGAAAACAGAAAGAAUUCUUGCUUUCAUCAAGCGAUUAUUGCAAAUCGCUAUGAAUGUUCAACCUAAUUUUGCGUGCGGUAUUAUAUUUUUAAUAUCGCAAAUGUUAUCGAAAAAAACCGGCUUGAAUUUGUUACAAAUCAAGUCGGUAGAAGGUAACGUUAAAGUUAAAGAGGAGAAUGAGGAUGACGAUGACGAAGAAGAAAGGUAUACUGAUGUUAAAGAUAACGACGAUGAAGGAAACAAAGAGGGUGGUAACAAAGUUGAAGAGGCAACUGUUGGUUGGAUGCAUCGUGUUCAAAACCCUAUAACUAAUGUAGAAGUUAAAGUCGAGCGCAAACCUAAAGACUUUUAUGAUCCGUUGGCACGCAACCCGUUAUACGCUAAUACGAAUUUCUCUGCAUAUUUUGAACUGUUGGAAUUGAAAAAUCACUAUCAUCCAUCGGUGCGUCUCUUUGCUGAAAACAUUCUUGAUGGAAAGAAAAUUAUUUACACUGGCGAUCCAUUGAAAGAUUUUACACUCAUCCGUUUCCUUGAGCGGUUUGUUUUCAAAACCAAAAGAAAAUCGAUGAAGACACUUCAACAACUUCUACAUUCUCGAAGAAAACAUUAUCAACCACAAGGAAUCCGCUCAAUGGCUGUGUUCUCUAAUGAUUAUAUUACACAAAAUGAAAAGAAUAUCCCUGUUGAUGAACUGUUUCUGUACACUUAUAUGCAAGAGAGGCAAGGAAACAAAAUCAAGGAAAACGACGAUGAUGAUAGCGAUCUGGAAUCGGUGGCUAGUGAAGAGUUUGAAGAUAUGUUGAGUAAAAUGUCCGGAUUCAAGGAUGAUGAUGAGGAUGAUAUUGAUUACAUGAAUGAAGUGGGUGAGAAUAUGAAAAAUAAAGAGAAGAAAACUAAAAAGAAAUCCGAUGGAGAUGAUGACGAUGAAGAGAGUGAUGAUGAUGAUGAUGACGACGAUGAUAAUGAUGAUCUAAGUGAUGAAGGAAGUCAUAUUAGCGAUGACGACGAAGAUGAUUUAGAUAUGAAUGAUGAGGAUCGUGAACUACUGGGCGAUUUGAGUGACGGUGACGAUGAUGAAGAGUUAUUCCUCGAUGAGGACGACGAAGAUGAUUUAUGCUUGAUACAAAAUCAUCCAAGAGUAAAAAAAUCAGCCAAAGCGAAGAAAAAGACAAAUACUGGUUCCAUCUUUGCUUCGGCCGAUGAAUUUGCUUCGCUUUUGGAAGAUGAAGGCAAUUCAAAAGUUGCUCCUGGUUCAUCGCAACAAUUCGCAAACACUGAUAAAGCAGGUGCCAAACAAUUGGAUUGGGAAGAUAAGCGUAAUCGCUGGAUAAGUGGUUAUAAUUCCGCGAUGGGUAAAAACAAGGGCAAGAAACGACCAAACUACUCUUCAACACACAAAAAUAAAAAAACAGAAAAAGUCUCGUUAAUAAAUGGAAAAUCAUGUUUAUAAAA